GGGCUCGUACAGGUCGCCAAGUUGACGGGGCUACUUCGAGCCUCGGACCUCCUCUCUGACAACUCCUUAGUCUAGGCAUUUGGGUCAUUACGUCGGCCCGGUGGAGGCGUCACGUCGCGACCGGGCAUUCUGCCGAGAAAACAAUGGAAUUACUGCCGAAUAUAACCCCGAGGGAGUAAACAAGAUGGCGGACACAGGUCUGUACUCCUCGAGACUGGUACUCAUCUGUACCGAUUAGGUCGUUUCGAUUUUAGGUUAACUUGGCGGCUCGGAGUGCGCAGUCGGGACCAAGAUUAUAAGUCGCGGUGACCUCAAGGUGUACAAAGGUAAAUAUUUAGGUAUCAGGUGAGUCAAUGAAGGAGUUUGAAUGUAAGGACAACGCUGGAUGUGUAGGACCUCCUGGCGUCAACGUUGCGACCUGUACGUCCAACCCAGAACCAUCAACGAGGCAGACCCGACACCAGCAACGCCAGCAACGCACACAGCCGCUCAUACAAUGGCGCUCUCCCUGUCGUUCAACCUAAGUCCACUCCACUACACACGUUUCGUCUCCACCCACGCCGCCCGUCGCACACAUCCUAACCUCACUCCGGUUCCACUCGUCUGCGUAGCGACUCGUGCAAAUAGCGCCGGAUUAUCGUCGACGAGAGGAGCAUCGGCGACAAACUACCUGCCGGCCGUGGGGAAAGUAUCGUCCACGAAACAGUGCGCGAGAUGAGCGAUCGCGUGGACGAUACUUUCCCACCCUUCCACGGACCUAUAUGGUGCCGUUGGGCAUCAAGUUUCUCGACUACAGAUUGGCGGCGCUCCUGCCCUUUCCCGACGUCUCGUCAGCCCUUUCCGAUGCCCACCUAACCCCCUGAUCGUUAAGACCCGAACAAUGAGCGGAAUAAAAGUUGUACAUGACUGGAUACUUGGUGUACUUAAUUGAGCGUUUAAGGUGAGGUGAAAGUGGCGUCAAAGAAUUCCCGUUCAUGAAACUUAUCUUCAAACUGGAUGUGCCGAAUCGAUACAAACUUUACGACAUAAAUAUGGAGGACGUAAGGAAGGUCCAGAAACUCAUGAAGUUUCAAUUUUUUUAAAUGAAAUUUCUUCACAGGUAUUUAAAAAAUUGUUUAGAAAAAAUUAAAUUUCUGUGGUGUUAGGACUUUCCUCGCAGUCUUUAUAUUCAGGUGGUUUCAUGAACGAUUGACUCUUCGGAUGGCACUUUCAUGUCCCCUUAAUCGAGGCUACGUGUAGCGUUCGUGUUUCGAAGUGGAGGCAGCAGGAUUUUAAACGGUCAAAGCUCUGCCUCCGGAUUAUCCGGGGACCGAGGGCAUCUAGCGAGGCCAGCUUGUCCGCGUG